CGAGCGAGAGUGACACCGCGACGGGCAUCUCACUCGCCGACUGCGCGCGGUCCCCACAUGGCCACAUCCCCUCCCCCCUCUACAAAAGAAGGAGUAGCACUCCCGUGCGGGUCACUUCCACGAGCGAUCGAUCCCACCUCGCGCAUCCGCAUCCGCAUCCGCACUUCAGCGCAGAUCGGAUCCCCACCCCACCCAUGGCCGGGCGCUUCGACCUGCAGGGCAGGCACGGCAAGUCCCGCGUCCGGGUCUCCCGCGUCUGGCGCCGCCCCGCCGACGCCGGGGGGCACCUCUUCGUCGAGUGGAGCGUCGCCGUCAGCGUCGUCUCCGACUGCCUCCCCUCCUACACCUCCGACGACAACUCCGCCAUCGUCGCCACAGACUCCAUCAAGAACACCGUGUAUGUGAAGGCCAAGGAGUGCACGGAGGUGGUGUCCAUGGAGGAAUUCGCGGUCAUCCUCGGAAGGCAUUUCACCUCACUCUACCCGCAGGUCUCAGAGGCUACAGUGACGAUCGUGGAGCGCCCAUGGGAGCGUGUGGCAGUGGACGGGAAGCCCCAUUCGCAUGGAUUCAAACUUGGUUCUGAAAAGCACACCACAGAGGUCACCGUGAAGAAGUCUGGAAGCCUACUUAUAAAUUCUGGGAUACAAGGAUACUCCCUGCUAAAGACAACUCAGUCUGGAUUUGAAGGAUUCGUGAGGGACCGCUACACUCUUCUUCCUGAAACAAGAGAAAGAAUUGUUGCAACAGAAGUAACUGCUUGGUGGAGGUAUCCGUUCGAACAUAUUUCCCAGCUUCCGUCAAAGCCAUUUUGCUUCACACAAAGAUACCAGGAUGUAAAGAAAGUUCUCGCAGACACAUUCUUUGGUCCUCCUGAAGUUGGUGUAUAUAGCCCAUCAGUGCAGAAUACAUUAUACCUCAUGGCUAGGGAAGUUCUUACCAGGUUCCCAGACAUAGCGUCAGUUCAGCUUAGGAUGCCAAACCUCCACUUUCUCCCGGUGAACCUAUCAGGGAAAGAAAAUCCAGGAUUGGUGAAGUUUGCUGAUGAUGUGUACAUGCCAACUGAUGAACCACAUGGAACCAUUGAAGCAACACUGAGCCGCGCCAACUCAAAGCUGUAAUAUUUUAUUUUUCUGUUCCUUUUUUUUUGGAGGAAAAGCUGCUAUCUCGGUCAUGGCUCGUAGCCAGGCUCAUGACUUGGUUCGGUUUCUUCAAGAUCAAAAUCACCAAUAAGCAAAGUGUUAGGGGAAAUUUGCAAGGGAAAAUGAUGUAAACUUUGCAUGUCUUCAGCAGAAGGACUUGUACAUGGCCAGCUAGAGUUUCAGCAUUGUAAAUCUUGUACUGUUCUAUAAAACCUUCACUCUGUCCCUUCUGGACCACAUACCACAUAUCAGUACUCAAAGUUACAUCUUAUUUUUGCUUGUUCUUGCGCUUGUCGUAGAAGUGCAAGAGUGUCGUGUACUUUAUAUGUAACUUCUAAAUUAUCAUUGCAAUUUAGUUUUCCUUAUA